UCGCAUCUCGAGUGGGAAGGAUAGCAGUUUACGUUCUCUGGAACUGGGAUCACCGCCCAACUUACGUCGUCGUUCAGACUUUGUAGCCGAUAGGCAAUGGCAUUCAGUGAUAGCAUUCGAGCCUUGCUCGAUACAUAUGCCAACUGCAUCUCGCUCCUCAAGUCAUUUCGGCUUGGCCGGAACGAGACUGACACAGUCGGCAUUCCUCACCAGCAUUCCCACCUCCGCAAGUCAUUGAGAUCCGACCGCUCCUUGAUUGAGCGGGCUUACUCAUCGAGGUUGUCGGCCUUGGGCAAACGUUUUAAGAUAGGCGACGCCCGCGCAAUCACGGCCCUGGAUCGCAUCCUCAAAAGGUUGAGAGAUGCGGUCACACACCUCUUGCGCCUUUCCACCAAACAAAAUGACUUCACUCUCGACUGCGAGUCACUGAUGUCCCUGUCCAAUGCGUCUCGAGCCGACGCCAUCAAGGCCAUCGAUAGCCUGUCCCGCCGUUUGGGGAGCCCCUCCCGAUCCUCGGUGGUCUCAUCGUCUUCCAAGGGGUCAUCCAACUCACCCUCAACAUCCCGAUACAACCGCAAGUUGUCAGCCAAAGCGGGCGUUUCCGGCUCUAAACCAACCCCACGAACUCGGCAAAAGAAUUUACCAAGCAAAAGACCUCUUGCUGAUGCCACCAAGGAGGACAAGGCAGCAAGCCGACAACGGAAGGCAGGGGAUGCCGCGAGGCCACGCAAAGGACCAUCGGUGCAGCCUCUGGGUGCUGCAAAAAGGCGGGAUACACACUCACAGGACCGGUUCUCCCGAGCCAUGGCCGAAAGCCGGGAGUCGCCAAAAAGCACAGUCGACAACAGAAGAUCGAUACUGUCGUUCUCGUCCGGCAGUACGAAGCUGGGCGAAAUACCGCAGAGGAAGUGGCAAUCUGUGGCGCAAUAUACUGCGACCGAUCCAGAUGGUGAUGAGUACAAUGUGCGCCCUGUAUUCCCGCUGAAGCCCUACACCGUCGAGGUAAAAGAGAGGAGAUUUUUGGGGUUGUUCAGUCGAAAACGGGAACUGUGAGUAAGAAGGAUGCCAGUGCGAAAGGUGCGAGAUAUCCACGGCCUAAUGUAGGUCAUAAACAGCAUUGAGCUCUUCGAAACAUUUAGAUGUUUGAUGAUUUUCCAAGCACUGCGAUUCUGACGCAACAUCGUCCUCACGCAAAGGU